UUUAAAUCAAAGAAUUGUUAGUAAAACAUUCCUUUUACAUUGAUUAAUCAUGUCUCAUUUUAUUUAUCUAGACUUGCAAAAAAGAAAACUGGUAGAGACCAUAUCAAUUCAAGAGCAGAUAAAUAUCUACCGAAGCAAAACUUAUAAGAAGCCACUGAUCAUAAUUGAUUUGAUGUACUUUGACCAACUUGGGGGAUAUUUACAUAACAGCAGCACCAAAACGAAAAUGAGGGAUCUGUGCGGAAUUUCUUCUCAGCGAGUGGAGGAACUGAAGGAUUUCCUCGCUGACUUGAGUUCUUGGGGAGCGAAUCUUACCUUCAUCACAAACGGUCCGUUUCAUGACGUUAGUGGACACAUUUUCCAGGAUCCAAACUAUCAAAAAGAGUACACCAAAGAAUGUCGCUACCGGCUUCAGUGCGGCAUAAUCGAUCGGCUUGGAAAGGAGCACUACAGUGAGGUGGCUUCCAAUGCAAAAUUGAUCCCAAUCGAGCCCAUAUGGACGGACCCAAUUACGAGAAUUGCCCGAAUGUAUGGAACCAUUCUUCGCGCCUGGGAUAACACCCGACAUCAGGAAGUUAUCCGAUAUGCUAGCGAGCACGAGGCGUUCGCAAUAAUAACGAAGAAUUUUUCACUUUUACUUUAUGCUGGAUCCGUGAUGCCCAAGUACAGACUGUGGUCGAUGGCUAACAGUAACAAGAUCGGUAUGACGAUCGCCCAGAUUGAGCCACUUGCUGUCCGGAGGACGCUUCGUCUCUCGGUCAAACAGCUACGAUUGCUCGGGGUUUUCUGCGAUUGGUAUUACACUACACCGACGUUCAGUGGGUUUUUGGAGCGAGCGAAGAUUGAAAAUAGCAAAAUAGGACUGUUCAAAAACCUGAUUGAUUACGUAAAACGUUCCGUUGGUAAUCUACAGGAUGAUGAUUAUCUACGAAUUGCCCACGACUUGUAUGGGGAGGACAAAUUCAUCGACAGUUGUCAUCAGUUGAAGUCCGUUUGUGAGAGCUACAACAUCGAUAACAUAAAACUAUCAACAGAGCAAAAUAAUGACAUCAUAAGCAUGAAGUUGAAAGGGCAAGAUUCUUUCAAUUACGAUAUCUAUCAUGAUAUAUGUUUCAGCUGCUCGAUCACGUUCAUCGAUUAUCGCUAUUGGCUUGAACAAGGGGUCAAUUUUUACGACAUUGUUAUGUCUAUUUACCAACGCAUAAGCGGUUUGAUUUUACAACACCGAAACGAUUCCUCUCUCAGGCGAUAUAUUAUGAUUAAGCGUAAUCAUGAUGAGCCUUUCGCGACAACGGAGUUGAAACCCGAAUAUCCGAAGAAUUUCGAAGUACUCUCGCUCGACGACUUAUUCUCUUUCAAGGAGGAAACAUUGGGGCUCAAUAUACGUUUUUUGGAGUUUAUCACCGGUCUCAAGUUCGACGAAACAUCCGUGAACUUCUUCCACAGCACUGAAAAUCGCAACGACUUGCAUGAUACCGUUACCCUACUCUUCAUGGUCACGUCGAAGAUCAUUAUCCCGUUCGAGGCGGACAUAUUUCUACUCGCCAUUCAGGAAUGCCGCAAGGAGUCUAGCGAACCAAAUCACCUGCCGGAAAAUUUGAAUCUACGAGCGUUUCAUUUGUAUUUUAUGUACCUCAAGAUGCGCGUAUUGAUCAAGCAUUGCUUCUACGGGGCCGGAUUUGACGAAACAUUCAUGGAUGAAUGUAAGCUUGAUGGCACCGUGUUCCAAACAAUGUUCCAGAAGUGGAUCGCUCGUGGCGCAACGGAUGAUUUUAGUGAGGCAAUUAAUCGAUUGGGUACCUAUCGCAUGCACGGAUCCUGCCCCCCUCGAUGA